AUGCCGGCACUGUCAUCAAUUGUCAUUGACGCCCCUCCUCAAGACGUCUGGAAUGUCCUCGUCGACUUCUCCAGCUGGCCAGAUUGGAACACCUGGUUCUCAUCUAUCCGUGCCCACUCGACCCCCCUUGAACUUGGUACACUGGUCACUUUUACAAAUACAAUGUCUGACACCGCGAAACCCGGGACUUAUACCGCACGCAUCACCACGUGGCACCCGGAAACAACAGAGUUCGCGUGGAAGGGGGGUCCCUUGCCCGAAUGGCUGGGAUGGACUCUGAGGGGUCAUCACUGGUUUAAACUGGUGGCCGAGGAUGAUGGGAAGAAGACACUGUUCGACCAUGGCGAAGAUGUGGAAGGUUUACUGAGUAUGUUGGUCCCCGAAAGCAUGAUGAGAGAUUUGGUCAAGCAGCUGGACAAAUUCAAUGGAGAGUUGAAGAGACGGGUUGAAGAAGGACCAAAGACCACCGAGCCUUGA